CGACCCGCCAUGCCGCCGCCCGCGCCCGCCGCCGCCCUGGGCGCGGCGCUGCUGCUGCUGCUGCUCGCCUCGGAGUACGCGCACACCGUGAUGCUGCGAGCGCGCGAGGCGGCGCAGUUCCUGCGGCCCCGGCAGCGGCGCGCCAACCACGUCUUCGAGGAGGCCAAGCAGGGCCACCUGGAGCGCGAGUGCAUCGAGGAGAUGUGCAGCAAGGAGGAGGCCCGCGAGGUGUUCGAGAACGACCCCGAGACGGACUAUUUCUACCCACGCUACCUGGAUUGCAUCAGCAAAUACGGGUCUCCAUACGUCAAGAGCCCAGACUUCGUGGCCUGUGCACAGAACCUCCCUGAUCAGUGCUCUCCAAACCCCUGUGACAGUGACAGGACUCUGCUCUGCCAAGACCUCAAGGGCAACUUCUUCUGCCAGUGCCGAAAGGGCUGGGGCGGGCGACUGUGCGACUCAGACAUCAACGAGUGUGACCGGGACAACGGGGGCUGCUCGCAGAUCUGCUACAACCGUCCUGGUAGCUUCCACUGCGCCUGCUACAGUGGCUACGCACUGGCCCCCAACAGCAAGACCUGCCAAGAUGUGGACGAGUGUGCGGAUACUGGCACGUGUGGGGAUGCCCGCUGCAAGAACCUACCUGGUUCCUACUCCUGCCUGUGCGAGGAGGGGUUCACUUUCAGUGCCCAGGACAAGGGCUGCCAAGAUGUGGACGAGUGUGCCCAGGGCCGCUGUGAGCAGUCCUGCACCAACAGCCCCGGAAGCUACUCCUGCCACUGUGAUGGCCGCGGCGGCCUCAAGCUAUCUCAGGACAUGAACGCCUGUGAGGACAUCCUGCCCUGUGUGCCUUUCGCCGUGGCCAGGAGCGUCAAGUCCCUGUACCUGGGCCGCAUGUUCAGCGGGACGCCUGUCAUCCGCCUGCGCUUCAAGCGGCUGCAGCCUACACGGUUUAUGACAGAGUUCGAGUUCAGGACCUUUGACCCCGAGGGUGUGCUCUUCUUCGCGGGGGGUCACCAAGACAACAGCUGGAUCAUCCUGGGUCUGCGGGCUGGCCGGCUGGAGCUGCAGCUACACUACCAGGGAGUGGGCCGCGUCACGAGCAGCGGGCCCCUCAUCAGUCACGGCGCAUGGCAGACGAUCUCGGUGGAGGAGUUGGAGCGGAACCUGGUGGUGAAGGUGAACAAGGAUGCGGUGAUGAAGAUUGCCGUGCCAGGGGACCUGUUUCAGCUGCACCGCGGCCUGUACCAGCUGAACCUCACUGUGGGCGGCGUCCCCUUCAGUGACAAGGACCUGGUCGAACCAAUGAACGCCCGAUUGGACGGCUGUCUGCGCAGCUGGAACUGGGUGAACGGUGAGGACGCUGCGGUGCAGGAGACCGUGCGGGCCAACACCCGCAUGCAGUGCCUGUCAGCCACCGAGCGUGGCUCCUUCUUCCCGGGCAGUGGCUUCGCCUACUACGACCUGCGCUACGCUCGGACAUCCCCAGACGUCGGGACUGAGACAACCUGGGGGAUAGAGGUCGUGGCUCGCAUCCGGCCUGCCACGGACACGGGGGUGCUGCUGGCGCUGGUGGGCGAGCACCAGGCCGUGGCCCUCUCGGUGGCCCUCGUGGACUACCACUCCACCAAGAAGCUCAAGAAGCAGCUGGUGGUGCUGGCCGUGGAGAAUGUGCCCCUGGCGCUGAUGGAGAUCAAGGUGUGUGACGGGCAGGAGCACGUGCUGGCCGUGUCCGUGAGCCGCGCCCAGGCCUCGUUGGAGGUGGACGGCACGCGCGGACAGAGCGAGGUGAGCCCUGCGGGGCUGCAGGAGAGACUGGCCGUCCUGGAGAGACACCUGCAGGGCUCGGUGCGCACCUUCGUCGGGGGACUGCCAGAGGUGCCAGUGACCUCCACGCCCGUCACGGCCUUCUACCGCGGCUGCAUGACGCUUGAGGUCAACCACAAGGAGCUGGACCUGGACGAGGCCGUCUACAAGCACAGCGACAUCCUGUCCCACUCCUGCCCGCCGGUGGCACCCGCGGGCUCCUAACCCCAGGCCACAGGACACGUGGUUCGUGUCCACGGACCACCCCCCUGGGGACAGAGACUAGCUGACCCGGGCCUGCGGGAGCAGUGCCACACGAAGCCUGGGGGGCCCCUCUUUCAGCACCUGUGUGAAUGGCCGAGCACAGACCAGUGUGGCCGGCAGCACCCCACAGACACUGCAGACUGCAGGGAAGAAGUCUGUUAUUUUUAUUACCAAACGCUUCUUCCUGAUCGGAACUCUGGGAAAAUUACAUAUUUACAGCCAUGUUUUUAA